GGUGUUGGUUUCUUUGACAGUACCUAAAGUGAAUUCUUCCCGUCGCGUGGAGCAUGCAACUUCUUUGAAAGGCAUGAUUAUAAAACAACCGUGAAAGCUACUUUAAAUAUUUCAAAACGUUUAUAAGAUUGUAGUCGCUUUUUGGUAUAAAAACAGGGUUGACAUAGUUCGUUAGUGAGAGGAAGCCUCUUUCCACUGCAGAGAUCGAGGAGGGGCAGCAACUAAAUAAACAAGUGAAGGACUUCUUUACAGCAAAAUCUGUCGAUGUUAUUGUCAACUGCAAUGUUUGGAUUGAGCUAGAACUGUAAAACUCAAGAGUGCGUUCAAAACAAUAUCUGAGACAUUCCUUCGUCUGUGGUUAGUGCGAAGACUACUAUUGCUUUUGUACAUUAAUUAUGAAUCGUCUGAUUGUUGCUCUGUACUGCAUAACGCUAAGUUAUGCCUCCACGCAUCCACAACAUGGACCUCAGUUUUUUUCAAUUACAGUGGAUGCAUCUAAAGCUCAAAGACAGUUGAGACAUUUCUGGAGGAGUACUGGAUUUUGUCCUCCUUUGCCACACAACAAAGCAGAUGUGUUUGACUUAAGCAGAGACCAACAACUGAACCUUGCAUAUAUUGCAUCGGUACCUCACAGUGGCAUAGAACAAGUUCGAAUUCACUGGCUUUUAGAACUAAUCACAAUUCAGGAAAUGAAUGGCAAACUUUUGUACGACUUCACGAACUUGGAUAAUUUAAUUCACCUUCUGUGGCAAUAUGGGCUUAUGCCAGGAUUUGAGCUCAUGGGAAAUCCAUCAGGAUACUUUACCAAUUUUGAAGAGAAAAAUCAGGUGUUUGAGUGGAGAAAGUUGAUCAUGCUUUUAGCAAGAAGGUACAUAGAUGCCUACAGUCUGGCAUAUGUGUCAAAAUGGAACUUUGAAACCUGGAAUGAACCAGAUCAUCAUGAUUUUGAUAAUUUAACUUUCACAGUUAAAGGAUUCCAAAACUACUAUGACGCCUGUUCAGAAGGUUUAAAAGAUGCUAACUCACAACUUCAACUAGGUGGACCUGGAGAUUCAUGUCAUCCUCCUCCACAUUCGCCUAUCAGUUGGGGUUUGCUAAAUCACUGUUAUAAUGGAACCAACUUCUUUACGGGAGAAAUUGGAACACGACUAGACUACAUUGCUUUACACAAGAAGGGUGCCGGCAGUUCUUUGCACAUCCUUGAGCAAGAAUUGGUUACAGUUCAACAGAUUCAAAAUCGUUUUCCUAAAUUUCGGUCCAUUCCCAUUUACAACGAUGAGGCUGAUCCAUUGGUGGGUUGGUCAAUUCCCCAGAUUUGGCGAGCAGACGUAACCUACGCUGCGAUGGUUGUUAAGGUAAUAGCGCAGCACCAGAAUCUACUAAUUUCGAAUCCAAAGAACACAAUAAAUUUUACAUUGCUUAGCAAUGAUAAUGGCUUCCUGAACUACUACCCAAAUUACUUCACACAAAGAACUCUGACUGCAAGGUUUCAGAUGAACAAUACAAAACCUCCACAUGUGCAAAUGGUUCGUAAACCAGUGCUCACGGUCAUGGGAUUGUUGGCUUUAUUAGGUGAGAAACAAAUUGAAGUAGAAAUGAUGCCCAAUGAUGAUGGUUUGACUGAGAAUAGCACUUUGGGAGUACUUGCAACUAUUCAUGAAACUUCAAGUCUGCCUUCCUCUGACAGCUGGCAAUCUACUAUAAUAAUUUACAACAGUGAUGACAAUCGGACAUCAUCAGAUAUCACCUUUGUGACUGUGAACCUAACUAAUUUUCCCACUCAAGAAGAACUUGUGUAUGUCAUUUACCAUCUGGACAACAAUAACACAAACCCUUACUUGCAAUGGAAGAAUCUUGGAAGGCCAGAUUUUCCAACAGUGGAACAGUUUCAUCUUAUCAGACAAACGGAGGAUCCUGUUGUUAAGGGACCAAUGCCAUUUCCUCCAGAAGGCAACAUCAUUCUGAAGCUGCAACUUCCUAUUCCUUCUGUGUAUCUGUUGCACAUCUGUGCAAAGCCUGAAAGAUCUCCAAACCAGACUCAUGGUGUGAGCUUUAUACCUCUGAUACUGGGACAGGUGGCUGUUACGUGGGAUGAUAGUUACGUGAAUUCAAAAUGCUUAAAAACAUUUGAAGUGGAAUUUUCAGUAGAUGGAAGUGUUUAUAGAAGAAUCAAUGAUAAAGACACUAUAUUUACUAUUUUUAUACAUGCUCCACUCCCCAAGAAAAAAGAACUUCCACAGGUGUCCGGUUUCUAUCGUAUUCGUGCAGUGGAUUACUGGGGCAAACCUGGACAGUACUCUGACCCUGUUCAAUAUAUUGAAGGGAAAGAUUAAAAACUUUAUAAAGAAAAGUUUCACUAUCUGGGAUGGAGGAGUAAAUAAAUGCAUAUGCUUCCUCUAAAUGGGUAAUUUAGUUCAAUAAGGUCAGGGUAUAUUACAAUCACAAGGCUUGAGGUUAACCAAUUAGCUUCCAUGGCUAGUGGUUGAGGUGGAAAUAUUGAAAUUGGACAGAUGGACAAAGGAAAGUAGUUUCAACUUUGAAAUAAAAGAACUUAGAAAAUAGGUGCAGGAGUAGGCCAUUCGGCCCUUCGAGGCUACACCACCAUUCAUAGAGUCAUAGAGAUGUACAGCAUGGAAACAGACCCUUCGGUCCAACCCGUCCAUGCCGAUCAGAUAUCCCAACCCAAUCUAGUCCCACCUGCCAGCACCCGGCCUUUAGUUGCCCCUUAGGUCUCUUUUAUACCUUUCCCCUCUCACCCUAAACCUAUGCCCUCUAGUUCUGGACUCCCCCACCCCAGGGACAAGAUUUUGUCUAUUUAUCCUAUCCAUGCCCCUCAUAAUUUUGUAAACCUCGAUAAGGUCGCCCCUUAGCCUUCGAAGCUCCAGGGAAAACAGCCCCAGCCUGUUCAGCUUCUCCCUGUAGCUCAGAUCCUCGAACCCUGGCAACAUCCUUGUAAAUCUUUUCUGAACCCUUUCAAGUUUCACAAUAUAUUUCCAAUAGGAAGGAAACCAGAAUUGCAUGCAAUAUUCCAACAGUGGCCUAACCAAUAUCUUGUACAGCCGCAACAUGACCUCCCAACUCCUGUACUCAAUGCUCUGAUCAAUAAAGGAAAGCAUACCAAACGCCUGUUUUACUAUCCUAUCUAUCUGUGACUCCAUGUUCAAGGAUCUAUGAACCUGCACUCCGAGGUCUUUUGUUCAGCAACACUCCCUAGGUCCUUACCAUUAAGUGUAUAAAUCCUGCUAAGAUUUGCUUUCCCAAAAUGCAGCACCUCGCAUUUAUCUGAAUUAAACUCCAUUUGCCACUUCUCAGCCCAUUGACCCAUCUGGUCCAGAUCCUGUUGUAAUCUGAGGUAACCCUCUUCGCUAUCCACUACACCUCCAAUUUUGGUGUCAUCUGCAAACUUACUAAAUGUACCUCUUAUGCUCACAUCCAAAUCAUUUAAGUAAAUGACAAAAAGUAGAGGGCCCAGCACCGAUCCUUAUGGCACUCCACUGGUCACAGGCCUCCAGUCUGAAAAGUAAUCCUCCAGCACCACCCUCUGUCUUCUACCUUUGAGCCAGUUCUGUAUCCAAAUGGCUGGUUCUCCCUGUAUUCUGUGAGAUCUAACCUCGCUCAUCAGUCUCCCAUGGGGAACCUUGUCGAACGGCUUACUGAAGUCCAUAUAGAUCACAUCUACUGCUCUGCCCUCAUCAAUCUUCUUUGCUGCUUCUUCAAAAAACUCAAUCAAGUUUGUGAGAUGUGAUUUUCCACGCACAAAGCCAUGUUGACUAUGCCUAAUCAAUCCUUGCCUUUCCAAAUACAUGUACAUCCUGUCCCUCAGGAUUCCCUCCAACAACUUGCCCACCACCGAGGUCAGCUAAUUUGCCCAUCACUGAGGUCAGGCUGACAGGUCUACUGGCUUGUCUUUACCAUCCUUCUUAAACAGUGACACCACGUUUGCCAACCUCCAGUCUUCUGGCACCUCACCUCACCUCACCAUCGAUGAUACAAAUAUCUCAGCAAGAGGCCCAGCAAUCACUUCCCUAGCUUCCCACAGAGUUCUCGGGUACACCUGAUCAGGUCCUGGGGAUUUAUCCACCUUUAACCAUUUCAAGACAUCCAGCACUUCCUCCUCUGUAAUCUGGACAUUUUGCAAGAUGUCACCAUCUAUUUCCCUACAGUCUAUAUCGUGGCUGAUCAAGCAAUUUCAGUAUCCUGUUCCUGCUCUCUCUCCAUACCUCUUGGUCCUUUUGGCUACAAGGGCCAGAUCUGGCUCCCUCUUGAAUAUAUUUAAUGAACCGGCCCCAACAGCUUCCUGUAGUAGAGAAUUCCACAAGUUCACUACUGUCUGAGUGAAGGAAUUCUUCCUCACCUCAGUCCCAAUGGCUUACCCUUUAAUCUUUGGCUGUGACCCGUUAUUCUGGACUUUCCUAGUAUCGGAAACAUUCUUCCCAUAUCUAGCCUGCCCAGGCCCAUCAGGAUUUUAUCUGUGUUUAUGAGAUCUCACUUAUUCUUCUAAAUUCCAGUGAGUACAAGCCCAGAUGAUCCAAUCUUACCUUAUCUGUCAGUCUUGCCACCCUGGGAAUCGGUCUGGUGAAUCUUUGCUGGGCUUCCUCAAUAGUAAGAAUACCCUUCCUCAGACUAGAAGACCAAGACUGCACACAAUACACAAGGUGUGGCCUCACCAAGGCCCUGUAUAAUUGCAACAAGACAUCAUUACUCUGAUACUCAAAUCCUCUCACUAUGAAGAACAGCAUGCCAUUAGCUUUCCUCACUACCUGCUGCAGCUGCACGCCAACCUUCUGCACCUGUUCCACCAUAACAGCCACCUUAUCUGAAUGGAGGCAGUUUAAAAUCUACAUUCUGGUUUUUGCCACCAAAGUGGGUAGUCUCACAUUUAUCCACCCAGUAUUGCAUUAGACAAGUAUUUGCCCAUUCAGCUAGCCUGUCCAAAUCACCUGCAGCCUCUUAGCAACCUCCGAACAGCACACAAUGUCAUCCAGCCUAGUGUUGUCUGCAAAUGUAAAGAUAUUGAAAUCAAUUCUUGUGGUUAAACAUGGACCUAAAAAAGCUUGUUUGUAAAUUGUAACUUCUGUGCAU